UUAACACCCACUGCAUGAGAUACUACGUGGAGAUAAGGGAACCAAAGCUCCUCCCCGGGGUGGAGUAUGAUGUGAGCUGGUAGAGUGAGGGUGGGCAGGGCUAUACCCGCGGAGUCACAAGCCUUCAACAUGUCGCUGAGCACCGCAAAGGCUGGACACGAGUUUGAAAUCCCACGGGCAACUCCAGGCUCCAUACAGGCUCAGGCAGCUCCAUUCCAGGCAGCAACGCGGAAUAGAAGCCAACUGCCACACUCAGCUUCCUGUUUUCCUGCUGAUUGCAGCCUGAGUGAGAUUCGUGAGUAUGUGCAGAAGUUCCAUGGCACAAUAAUGAACUUUAAAAAGCAGCAGAGGUUCUGCCUGAGGCUCGGGGGGCUGGAGGGCUCCUUCUAUGAAGGGCAGGAGGAGCUGAAGGAGUACUGUGAGGUGCUCUACCUGAAGAAGCCCACCAGGAUGGAGGUGGUGGGCACAGUGGAUGACGUGCCCUGCCUGGCCACGGGGCAGCAGCUCGUCAUCCUUGUUGCUGAGACCAAGGAGGUGUAUGCUUAUGAGGAGGAUACGCUGCACAAGGUUGCCAAGAAUAUGACAGAGUUCAUGGAGAUUGGGCUGCAGAACCUAGGGAAAGAAGUCUACCACUGCGGAGAGAACAUAAAAGCAAUGAGUGAACGGGAACGGGACAGAGACCCAACAAUCCAGCAGCUGAGGCAGAGUGCUCAGCACUUCCUUGAGAGUGGGAAGAAGGAGUUCCAGCACGUCCUGGGCUCGCUGGAGAAAAAAUCUGUUGUUGCUCAUUAAAUGUGUGCGUGACAAGGAAGUAGCUGGGGCAGAAGUGAACUAUGUACCUACAUAUGUUAUCUGUCUUACUCGUAUCUGUCUUAAUAUGUAAACACCUGAGGGGCGGUGACUCUGCCACCUCCCUGGGCAGCUUGUUCUAACAGAUCAUAGUUCUUUCUGAUAAACUCUUCCUCAUAUUCGUUCUGGAAUCACUUCAGGGCAUCACCUCUCAUCCUAUUGGUUUUGACUGGAAGGAGAAGAUAACUCCCAUUUCACUAGAAAGUCCUUUCAUGGAGAUAAGGAUAUAAUGAAAAUCCGCCUUGGUCUUCUUCCAGAUUAAAACCUUGUGAAUUUGCCCUUAAAAUUACACUUUUAAUGGUUAAUCAUUUUGUAAGCCUGCGUACUUUCCUGCACAAAUAAAAACUCACACAAACAUUAAAGAUGUUAAACAUA